AUGAGCUUAUUGUUGAAUCUUAUAUGGUUUUUCAACGUUGUGCUGCUUUUGAUACUUUUAUUAUCAGCUAAAAAUAUUUCAACCAAAAAGCAAAUUGAAAAAAUUCCAAUAUCAAAUGAACCACCAACUGUUAUUAUUAAACCUCCAAAAGAACCUGAAAAGAUUAAUAGUAUCGCUGCCUCAAAUGAUCUCAAACCUCAAAAAGUCUCAAAACUUACGUUAAACUCUAAUAAAGAUGCAUUAUGUCAUAAUAUACCUCCAUCAUCAUUAAAAAAAACAAAUAGAGUUUCAAUUAAAGAAUCAAUUGAAUCAAAUUCCAAAAAAAUUAAAUGGAUACCAAAUUUUAAUCAUAUGGCUGAUUUAAUAAUCCAACAUUAUAAAUUAAUCAAAUCAAAUUCUAAAUUGAAAGAUAAUCUAAAGAUUAAUGUUUUCAGUUAUUUAUUACUUCAUUUACAUAUUGCAAUUUAUCAUUAUUUGAAGAUUGUUUCCAAAUUCCAAGAUUUAGAUCAUAAUAUUUUAUCAACUUUGAAGAUUUAUGAAGUUAAUGGGUUUCAUAAAUUGAAAAUAAUACCAAAUCUGAAAAAUUGGUUUGAAUCAUUAGGUGGUGCUGAAUUUCAUCAUGAUGAUACUAAUGAAUUAAUAAAAUUUAUAAUAUCAUUACCACAAAGAAAAGAACCAAUGGUUAGAAAUCCAUAUCCAGAAACAAUUAAUUUCAAUUCACCAAAGGGGAAAACACCCGUGGAAAAUUAUGAUAUUAAUAAUAAUGAUUUACAAAAUUUUGAUUUUUAUUUACAUAUUUAUUCACAAAUUCAAGCUAUACUAGAUGGUUAUUAUAGUCAUACAACAACUGAGAUUUUUCCAAAUUUUAGUGCAAUUUUAUUAGCAUCUUGGUUCGUUUUCAGUACAAAUUCAAUUGAUAAAAGAAGAUUUAUAAGUGCAAAUAAUAUUAAAGAGUUAAAAUAUCUUGACCAGGGGAAUGUAAGAAUUUCAUUUAUGAAUAUUGUUGGUGGGAAUUCAAUAGAUUUUGAAAAAAUUGAUGAAUCAUUUGCUUAUCUUGCAAGAGAUACAUUAAUUGAUUUUAAUGGUAAAGAUGAUAUUCAUGAUGAUAUUAAAGCAUAUUUGAACGUGACACCAAGGUUAUUAAAACAUCUUAAAGAAGUUUCAAUAAUUACUGAAAAUGUUGCAGAGUAUAUUGAUUUUGAAACUGGUAUAUGGGAUUUCCAAAAUAGUUUAUUGAAUUUCCCCUUGUUUACUAAUAAUAUUAAAAUGAUUAAGCCUGGUAUUAGAUCUUUGGUAUUAAAUGAAAUGUCAUUACAAGAAUAUUCAACUUUUCAAGAAGUUAUAGCAAAAUUUGAGAAAGACCAUGAAAGAGAGGAUGAUGUUAUAUCAAAUGAAGAAUUAUUUUAUGAUUCAAUAACAACUGGAUUAAUUUGGGAUAAUAGUAAAGGAAUCACACCAGGGUUUUUCUAUAAAGAUGAUAAAUUUUAUUAUUAUGAUAGAAGGAAAAUUGAUUCUUUUUUCAAACAGGGUACUUUAUAUCAUAGUGAAAUUUUUCAAAAAGAUUUAAUAACUUCAGAAUUUUCAUUGAGGUCUGCAUGA